AUGACUUCAAUGAUGACUAAUGCCAUCAAAAGUGAUCCACAAUUGUUGGCUAAAAUACCUGAACCCCAACAACCCAAAGAUCAAUCAAAAAUUCAGAUCCAAAGUCAUAUAGUUUACACUGUUUUUAUAUAUAUGGAAAACGGCUAUUUGUUUUGCUAUAAUAAUGAUUGUUAUUUUAAUAAAUCAACUGCUUAUCUGAUCAACUAUUGGAUGAUUUUGAUGGUAAUUAUCGGUUUGGUAGCACUGGUCACCCAAUCACUCAGUUUUCAGAUAUUUUAUGCAAUUUUGCUAACAUUCUCGCCAUGUCCAUUUAUAUCGGACUACCCGUUGAUGACCACCCCGUGGCCACUGUUAGCCAUAACAGGAGGUUAUCUUUAUUUUGUCAAAUGGUUGGGCCCACAGCUGAUGGCCAAUCGUAAGCCAUAUGACUUGCGUUGGCCAAUAAGGAUAUUCAACUCGAUGAUGGUGGCGGUCAACUUUUAUGGACUGUACCAGUUUAUCCCCCGUACCAAUUUUGGACUCAAUGUGUGGAACUGUCCUCAAUCGUGUCAAAUAAUAGACUCUCAUUUCAUAUUUUUGGGUUAUGUUUUCUUCCUGUCACGAAUGGCCGAGUAUAUGGACACAGUUUUCUUUGUGUUACGCAAAAAGCACCGACAGGUAUCAAAUCUUCAUGUAUUUCAUCACUCGAUAGUACCCAUUGCCAUAUGGAGUGUCUUUAAAUUUUCUCCCGGUGUCGAAAAUGCAAUGUACCCGUUCAUCAACAGUUUUAUUCAUGUGCUCAUGUAUUUGUAUUAUACAUUGGCCUCAUUUGGCGAUCGUUUUGAGCCAUACCUCAAAUGGAAACGACAUCUGACAUCUGGACAGUUGGUUCAGUUUAUACUGAUAAUUGUACACUCAGUUCGGGCACCUUUUAUAGGCUGUCCAAUGAGUUCAACAUAUUUUGUAUUAAUAUCGACAGCAUUGGGCGGUAUAUUCUUCUAUUUAUUUUAUCGUUUUUAUAUGGAAAACUAUACGACCAAGGACAAAAUUCUAAACAACAAUAAUAAUCAUAAUUAUAAUAAUAAUACUAAUAGUGAUAUUAAAAUGGUACAAGUAAUUGAAAAAGAUGAUCCUGAUAAUACAAAACAAAACAUACUGGAUACUUAUCCUAAAUAUCAACAAAUUGUUUCAUAA